AUGGGUGAAUCUGCUAAGAAUUCCACGAAAAAGGUGGUUAACUCACAUGAAAAGGACUGGAAGAUUCCUUUGAAGGUCCUCAUUCUUUUCUGUAUUAUCGUUACUUCUGCCUCUUCUAGAUUAUUUUCUGUAAUUCGUUAUGAAUCUAUCAUUCAUGAAUUCGAUCCUUGGUUCAAUUUCCGAGCGACAAAAGUGUUGGUUGAACAAGGCUUCUAUAACUUCCUUAACUGGUUCGAUGAACGCAGCUGGUAUCCUUUAGGCCGUGUAGCUGGUGGUACUCUUUACCCCGGGCUUAUGGUGACUUCUGGCAUCAUCUAUAAAGCACUACAUUUCCUUAAACUUGAUGUUGAUAUUCGUGAUAUUUGCGUGUUGCUAGCCCCUGCAUUUUCCGGACUUACAGCUAUUGCUACUUACUACCUUGCAAGAGAACUGAAAAACGACGCCUGUGGUCUUUUAGCUGCCGCUUUUAUGGGUAUUGCACCUGGUUAUACAUCACGCUCUGUUGCUGGUUCAUACGACAAUGAGGCUAUUGCUAUUACACUUCUCAUGUCUACUUUUGCGUUAUGGAUUAAAGCUGUUAAGACCGGAGCUUCUUUUUGGGGUGCUUGCACUGGCUUGUUGUACUUUUAUAUGGUAACUGCUUGGGGUGGUUAUGUAUUCAUCACGAAUAUGAUCCCUUUGCAUGUUUUCGUCUUACUAUUAAUGGGGCGCUAUACUUCUAAACUUUACAUUGCUUACACUUCUUAUUAUGUUAUCGGUCUUUUGUCCUCUAUGCAGGUACCUUUCGUUGGCUUUCAACCUGUCUCCACUAGUGAGCACAUGGCUGCCAUGGGUGUCUUUGGCUUGAUUCAGCUCUAUGCAUUCUACUAUUAUGUAAAGGGUCUUGUUUCUUCCCAGCAAUUUCAAACUUUGCUUCGUUUAGCUUUGGGUGCUCUUGUAGUUGGUGCUUCAAUCGGUCUUUUCUUCCUCUCUUCUUCCGGUGUGAUUGCCCCCUGGACUGGUCGUUUUUACUCUCUUUGGGAUACCAAUUACGCUAAGAUUCACAUUCCCAUUAUAGCAUCUGUCUCUGAACAUCAACCUCCUACUUGGAGCUCUUUGUUCUUUGAUCUUCAAUUGUUAAUUUGGCUUUUGCCUGUUGGUGUUUAUCUUUGCUUCAAGGAGCUUCGCAAUGAACAUGUUUUCAUCAUUAUCUAUGCUGUAAUGGGUACUUAUUUCUGUGGUGUCAUGGUUCGUUUAAUCUUGACUCUCACUCCUUGUGUGUGUAUCGCUGCUGCUGUGUCUAUCUCAACACUUUUGGAUACUUAUUUUGGUCCUGAUGCCGAAGAAUCUGUACCUUCCGGUAAAACCACUAAGAGUAAACCGAGAUUAUUCCAAUAUUUCUUGUCGGGUACUUCGAACGUUGGUAUCUACAACAUGCUUUCUAGAAUAAUGGUUCUUGGUUCCAUCACAUAUUUCCUCGUUCUUUUCGUCUACCACUCCAGCUGGGUUACUUCCAACGCUUACUCUUCUCCUACAGUAGUUUUGUCUACUGUUUUGAACGAUGGUAGUUUGAUGUAUAUUGAUGACUUCCGUGAGGUUUAUGACUGGUUGCGUCGGAAUACUCCCAAUGAUGCUAAGGUUAUGAGUUGGUGGGAUUAUGGUUACCAAAUCGCUGGUAUGGCUGAUCGUCCAACUCUUGUCGAUAACAACACUUGGAAUAACACUCAUAUCGCUACGGUCGGUAAGGCUAUGUCCUCGAACGAGGAAGCUGCUUAUCCUAUUCUCCGUAAGCAUGAUGUUGAUUACAUAUUAAUUAUAUAUGGCGGUACGCUCGGGUUCAGCAGUGACGAUAUGAAUAAGUUCUUAUGGAUGAUUCGUAUCUCCCAGGGCUUAUGGCCUGAGGAUAUCAUCGAACGUAACUUCUUCACUCGCAGUGGAGAAUAUCGUACUGAUGAUGCUGCUAGUCCAACUAUGCGUGAAUCCUUAAUGUACAAGAUGUCUUACCAUGGAGCUUGGAAGCUGUUCCCUCCUGGCCAAGGUUAUGACCGCAGCAGAGGCCAAAAAUUACCAACCAAAGAUCCACAGCUCUUUACCAUCGAAGAAGCCUUUACUUCCAUGCAUCAUCUUGUCCGUUUGUAUAAGGUGAAGAAGCCUGAUACUUUCGGAAGAGAUUUGAAACAGGUUUCGUUGUUUGAAGAAGGAAAGCGUAAAAAGAUACGCCGCCCUACGAAAAUGAACGAGCGUCCUUUAAGGGCCUAA